AUGGACAACACUACCACCGCGGAUACCCCAGUUACUGGCGUUGACCAAGCCAAUGCCAUCGUCUUUCCCAUCUUCGCCGCAUUGGCAAUCCUCAUCGUCUACAUGCCGGCAUGCGACUUCUAUCGGAAGAGAAACUUUGCCAUGUGCAGCAUGAUUGCAGCAGUCACCAUCAUGAAUCUGUACUGCUUCGUCAACGCUAUCAUUUGGCGGAACGACGACUUCGAUACAUGGUGGGAUGGACAAGGACUUUGUGAUAUCGAAGUCAACACCCGAUAUCAGUUGAGCGUAGUUCUCAUGACUUCCAUGGCAUGCUUCACCAAGAAUCUUGCAGAUGUCUUCAAUCAGGAUUCCUAUUCUUUCAUGGAGAGUUCGGCCACGAAGCGGAGAAAGUUGAUCAUUGACAUCCUAUUCGUUUGGGGAGUUCCGGUCUUUCAAGUCGCAAUACACUAUGUCGUUACAUCAGGCAGAUAUAAUAUUAUACCAAUUUGGGGCUGCGAGGAUUCUUUAGACUUUUCAUGGCCCUAUCUUGUCUUUUAUUGGAUUCCGAAUCCAAUCUUCACUCUGCUCAGUGGCUACUAUGCUAUUCGCAUGCUCAUUGGGCUUCAUCAACACCGUUCGAAUAUCAGCAGCACCCUUGCGAGUAGUGGUUCCGGCAUGAGUACCAGAUACUUUGUAAAACUCUCCAUCAUCGCAUGCUCCCUCCUGGUCGUUUGGAUCCCUUGCGAAGGUUAUUGGCUUUACCGAGCCCUCCCCAUCCCAUUCCACUCAUACGACUGGAAAUCCUUGCACGAUCCAGUUUCCUGGAACCCAAUCCUCUUCCUACACAUUUCAGUAACUCCAUUCAUACAAUACAAUGGCUGGCCAUCUGUUGCUCUGAGUGUUAUGAUCUUUAGCUACUUUGGCUUUAACGAUGAUGCUAUUGACAAGUAUCGCAGUUGGCUGGUCAAAUGUAGACUUGGAAAGAUUUGGCCGAGUUUGAAGGAGCCGAGGACCCAACGGAGCAGACGAGGAAGUACUACUACAAGUUGCAUGUCAAGUCAUUUCGACGUGGUCAGCAAGGCAAUGCAUUACUUCACGUCUUCGAGGAAAAGCAGUGGUGUUCCUAGUUCGACUGGUCCUUCGGAAGCUACACAUUCCCGCAAAGGUUCCUUAGCAACAGUCGAGCAUAUGUCUCUCGCACAGAUCAACACCCGCAGAAGUGCGCCAACUCCGGACUCCUUCGCCACCUCAGCUCUCGAAGAUUACGAUAUCAACAAAUCAGUUUCGCCCUCCACUCCAGAUCCAGCACUUAUCCCCUCUCCCUCACCACCCGACACUAUUUCUGAGACCACAACUGCCCAGGACUGGUUGGCAAGAAGAAAUUUCCUCUCCAGCUUCCGUACAAACAUCAAUCUACCCUUCCCUUUCCACUUCUCUUUGACUUCUCACCAACCACCACUCACUCAGGUCCAACGCGGAUACCUCAACCCUGUCAUGCUUCCAAAUAUCGAUCUCGAAUCCCAAUACCCACAAUCGUCAGGUCACCCAGGAAUGCGCAUCCCUCUGCCGUUGCCAAUCUCUACGCAAAGUACUGUCUCGACAAAUAUUUGGAGCGACGGCACCGGCAUUGCUACCUCGACUCCUCCAAAGAAUAUUCCUGAGACGGUUGAUAAAUAUCCCAGUAGUCCCAAGAUGGGAACUCGUGCGUACAGGGAACGGGAGCGAAGAGAGAGGGAGUUGGAUGCUGUGCUGGAGGAAGACAGGGGACGAGCUGAUGAGGACAGAGUUGUUAUUCAGCGCAUCGUCGAGAGGAAAGAAAGCAGCGUUGAGAAGGUGUAA